GACUUGCCUGUACUUCCACAUUGAAAAUGGCGGCCUCGGUGUUUCCCGGCGUACGGCUCCUGUCCAUCGGAGACGCAAAUGGAGACAUACAGCGACACUCAGAACAGCAGCCUUUGCGGUUGGAAGUCAAAACUACACAAGAUGCUGCGCUAAUCAACUUAUCCAAUGAUGAGGAGGCGAGUGUUUUCAAGUGUUCGGUAUCUCGGGAGACGGAGUGCAGCAGAGUGGGGAAGCAGUCGUUCAUCAUCACACUGGGGUGCAACAGCGUCCUGAUUCAGUUUUCCUCACCUGGAGACUUUCAAUCCUUUUAUAACCUCUUGAAGAACUGUCGUGGGCAUCUUAGUGAGCACUCAGUCUUCAGCGACAGAACAGAGGAAUCAUCUGCUGUGCAGUAUUUCCAGUUUUAUGGCUACCUCUCACAACAGCAAAACAUGAUGCAGGACUAUGUGCGUACAGGGACCUACCAACGGGCUAUUUUGCAGAACCACACAGACUUCAAAGACAAGAUUGUGCUCGAUGUUGGCUGUGGCUCUGGGAUACUGUCUUUCUUUGCAGCCCAGGCUGGAGCCAGAAAGGUCUAUGCUGUGGAGGCAAGCACAAUGGCUCAGCAUGCUGAGGUGUUGGUCAACAGUAACCGUCUUGGGGAGCAUGUAGUAGUUAUCCCAGGAAAGGUAGAGGAGGUGACACUCCCUGAACAGGUUGACAUCAUCAUAUCGGAGCCCAUGGGCUACAUGCUGUUCAAUGAACGCAUGCUGGAGAGCUACUUGCAUGCCAAGAAGUUCCUCAAACCCAAUGGUAAAAUGUUCCCUACACUUGGGGAUGUGCACCUCGCCCCCUUCACAGACGAGCAGCUGUACAUGGAACAAUUCACAAAAGCCAACUUCUGGUACCAGCCUUCCUUCCAUGGUGUAGACCUCUCUGCCUUGCGAGGAGCAGCAGUCGAUGAGUAUUUUCGCCAGCCCAUUGUGGACACAUUUGAUAUCCGUAUCCUCAUGGCAAAGUCGGUGAAAUACACAGUCAACUUUCUAGAGGCCAAAGAGGAGGAUCUUUACAGGAUAGAGAUCCCCUUUAAGUUCCACAUGUUGCACUCAGGUCUUGUGCAUGGUCUGGCCUUCUGGUUUGAUGUGGCAUUUAUGGGAUCAGCUAUGACAGUGUGGCUGUCCACUGCACCUACAGAGCCGCUUACUCACUGGUACCAGGUACGCUGUUUGCUGCAGUCUCCUCUCUUCACCAAGGCUGGGGAUACACUGUCUGGCACUGCACUAUUAGUGGCCAAUAAACGACAAAGUUACGACAUCAGUAUUGUUGCCCAGGUGGACCAGACUGGUUCAAAGUCCAGCAACCUCUUGGAUUUAAAGAACCCCUUUUUCAGGUACACGGGUAGCAGCCCCAACCCACCUCCUGGGUCACAUUACACCUCCCCAUCAGAGAAUAUUUGGAACACAGGUGUAGGCUACAGCAUGAGUCAAGGGAUGUCUGUGUCAGGAAUGCCGGCAGCUUAUGACCUUAGUACAGUCAUCGGCAGUGGCCCAUCAGUCUCUCACAACAACCUUAUCCCUCUGGUCAACACAGGUAUUGUGAACCACACCCACUCCAGGAUGGGCUCCAUCAUGAGCACAGGAAUUGUCCAGGGAGCCACAGCAGGCCAGUCAGGUCCCAGUAGCAGUGGUACUUACUAUCCGGUCACCAACCAGUUCACCAUGGGGGGUGCUGCAAUCUCAAUGGCGUCCCCAAUGGUCAUACCCAGCAACACCAUGCAUUAUGGCAGUUAAGAUGAAGACUUUGCAAAGACCCCUUUAACUUGCCCACCUCUGCAUGACAAACAAUUGCCUGUAAAAAACAAAAAAAACUUAGGCCCCACCUCUCCUACACCAUAGUUGACCCAUGGACCACAGCCAAUACCAAAACUAGUGCUUUCUUGGCACUUAGCUCCUUGUUUCAACAUCUUCCAUCUAAUUUUGUCUAUCCUUUAUUGUACACGAACAUGCAAGCACUCAUAUCCGUCCAGACUCAUUUUAAAAAUGGCCUAAACGUCCUUGUCUUCACGAGUCCUUCAGGCCGUUGCACACCGAUGCACUGUUUAAGUGCAGCAUUUUGUUUUUGCCAGUUAACUUAACAAUUUCUCCUUUCUUUGUGGUCACAACUUGUCUCUUGUGUCUCCCAUGAUCAUGUUAUCAAUAGUGAACACACCAGCUGCCAGAGGCAGUUCUAUAUUGGAUCAUGAUCAACAGUCAUUUUGACUUGCUCUGUUCUGCCUCGGCUUUUAAUAUCAUAUCACCUAAGCCAUGACAGGCAAAAAAAUCCUAAAUAAAGACACUCACAGCGUCUGUAUAUUCAUAUACAUGGAAGCGUAUCCUGAAGUGUAACAGACUUGCUUCUUGGCAAUCUGAGUUUUAUAUUCUGCUCGUUACCGAAUGUUAGGUUCCCCAUGUGUUUAAAUUUGCAAUCCUUCAUGAAUUUUUGAUGUACCCCACAAUACAUCAGACGUUGCUUAACGUCGAUGCUGAGCCAUGACAUAAAUAUGCACCUACUAUUGUCUUUUUGUCUGCUGUAGAUUGUGUUCUUAUGCUUAGCACUCCUCUGACUGAAUGCAAGCUCCAUUCAAGGAUGUUGUUUUAAGGGAUUGAAAUCCCUCUUUGCAAUAUCCUGUACUGAUUUCGAAUUUGGAAUUCACAAACGUUAUUAAUUUGAUCCAUUGUCAGUGCAGAAAUAUUGAGACGCUGUGGAUUUAACUAUUCUCAAAAAAUACCAAGUGGUUGGAUAGUCUUUAUAAGGCUUCAUUCAUCCCAGAUGGAUGUGGCAUCAAAAUGUGCUUUCCAGAAAUUCUUGAGGAAAUUGCUUCUUUGGUUUGACAAUUAACAAAAAUUCAAGUGAAGCUUUCAUCAGCACAGUGACAGUGGGAGGAAUCAUUAUUUCAUCCUCUGCUGAUUACCCCCUUAUAAAGAGUUCAUUUUUGGUAGCGUUAUGUUAACAGAGACAAAAUAUUUUUUUAAAUGCAGAAAAUAUUAAGUUCAUAAUUAAAUUUGUAUUUGAGUGAAAUACAUGUGAGCUCCCCAAGCAAAAACAUGUUUUGUGCAGAAACCCUUGUUGGCAAGCCCAUACCUCCUUACACUCCUCUUGACAGAUGCAGUGGAUGACACUUGCCAUUGAACAUUCACGGCCCCACAAAUUCUGGAGUUUGGUAUGUGGUCAAAUUCUUUUUUUUAUUUAGAUUUUUCACUCUCUCACUAAUUCAUUCAUAAUUUCUAAAUACAUGAUAAUAUAGGCUAAAAUGUACAGCAUAAAUGCACCACUGUCAGGCAGCCCACAGUUUUUACAUGUUUAUGUCUUAAUGCUUGACAUAGUGUUUUCGUCAAGUGGUGAUAUUUAGAACUUUGUUCAGUGAUCUUUAAUUCCCCCAGCCACCUGGCUUUUCUUGAUGUGAAUGGAUAACUGAGCUCCUUUCCCUACCUCUUGGGGCGAAUACAGCCACGUUAUGGAGAAAAGUAAUUUCUGUGGCUUGUAGCCACAAUCUUGUUCUUUGGUCGUGACCCAAAGCGUAUGACCAUAGGUGAGGAUGGGAAUAUAUUUUAAAUCGAGAGCUUUAACUUCUCUUAACGACCGCAUUUCUGCAGACGCCAAUCCAGUCUGCCUGUCGACCUCAUGUUCCAACCUUCCCUCACUUGUGAUCAAGACCCCAAGAUACUUGAGCUUCUCCACAUGGGGCAACAUCUCACUCCCAACCCGGAGGUUGCAAUCCACCCUUUUCCAACUGAGAACCAUUGCCUUGGAUUUGGAGGCGCUGAGUCUCAGAAACACUUUGUUUGUGAAUAGCAUAGACGAGUUUGUAAGGCACCCUAAGGAUCUCAAGGCAUCUCAGUAAAUUGUUUGAUCAUUGUUUUUUUUCAUUAUUAAAAAGCUCAUAGAAUUGUUCUUUUUUUUUUUUUAGUUUACACUCUGUAUCAGAUGUACAGUGGCACCUCAGCUUCCGUGUGCGUAAGCACGCACACCCACCUGUAACCAAUGCCCCUCUACACCGAUUUAGCCUAAACACAAACUGACAACCUGUCUCCUUCACCAGUCAUAAGAAAACCUGAGAAAAUUUUGCCAUGGGAAAUAUAAUGUAGGAAAAAUGAAAUAAUUAUACAUGAUGAAAGAAAUAGAUUAAUCAACUUUCAACAUCACUUUUACAGUUUAUUGAAGACUUGUUGGCAAAGAUGGCAAGGAGCAAUAAGAGGGGAGGGAAUCCACACCAACAACUUUUUCUGUCUUUUUUUUUUUUUUACCUCUCUUUUGUUACCUUUACCCCUUUCACAACAUUAGCUUCCUCGAUGGAUUUCUUCACCAGGAUGGAACUUCUUGUAUAUGCAGACUUUCCAUACAUCCUGGCAGACACCAUCCUUGUACUUUGGGGUUGUCGACUUCUUUAUGAAAUUGCUGGCAUUUGCAACUUUACGUAGCCCCAUGGCAGGUCAUUAGUAGUCAGUCAAAUACACACAGUGAGCCAGUAAUGUGUUGGGUGUUUCGUAUGUGAGUUCAAAUCCAAGGAAUGAUACAGUUUUGGGCAAAUGGACUUGUUUGUUGCGUGUAAUGUUGUACGAUACCCGAGACUAUGAGGAACACCGGGGCCAGAUGGCCAGUUCACACACACACAUAACCAGUCAAAUACACAACUUAUUAUAAAUUUCACUCAACCAAAUACAAAUGAUCAAAAUAUUUUGACAGAUUUUGUUUAGAAAUACUGUCUCUGUUAAAAUAAAGCUACCAUAACGAUGAUAGAUUUGGUUGUUUCUUUGUAAUGUGGUUAACAAUCAAAAUCAGCGGGGUUCACCAUGAUUUGCCCCUUUGUAUGUGUACGUUUUUGUCUUUAACUCAGUCAUCUAAAUUUUUUUAUACUGGAUUUACUUGAAUUUUACCUGUGUUUAGUAGGCAGUAGUAGUAUUGAUCAGUUAAUGAUCUCACUUUUUCAGCAGGUCUUAAUCUGCCUCAUCAGACAUGUUGAACUGCACAAGAUGUUUUAUACAUGCUUGACAGGGUUAAACAAGGAGAGGUUAUAAGCCUGCUACCAUAGACUUGGUUAAAUAUUUCAACUGCAUUAUUUUUGUUUUCGUUAUUUGAUGGGUUAGGUGUUAGAGGAAACGGUGAUGCUGCACAUGUUCAAUGCAAAUCCAAUAAAACUUUUUUUUUUUUUUUUUUUAGAGAAAAUCAAACUCGUUAAAGUGAGAGUACUUUAAUGAGCUGCAGUAUUAUAGGUCUGGAGAGUAACCAUUUGUCAGCAGGCUUGAAUAAGCUUGGACAGGUUCAGCAUUUUUCACCUAUCAAGUGAAAGCUACAUAUACUCUAGACUCAUUACAUGCAAAUUAAAAAUUUUAAGUCUGGUUUUGGUGUUACGUUUUCCGAUUUAACCGGGAAAAGA